UGUCAACAAACAUAUUUUCCCUAGUUUACGAAUAAAUAAUACCGUAGUACCUUUAUCGUAUAGAUAAAUAGUGUAUAAAAUCAUAGAUGUGAACAAUACGUCCAAAUAAAAGUGAAACAAUAUGACGCUAGCAAUGAGACAGAGAAGACCAAGCUGUGCUGCAGUUGCCACACCAAGGAAAGAUCAGAAAGGUGAUACAGAAAACAAAAGUAAUGUCAAAGUAGUUGUCCGCAUCAGACCAGAAAAUAGUAUGGAACAAAGUGGGAAUCACAGAAUUGUUGUCAGGGCCAUGAAUGAACAUGUUCUUGUUUUUGACCCAAAUGAGCAAAGUUCCCCAGAGUAUGGAUACAGACACCGGCAUCAUAGAAGGGACAUUCGUAAACGACAAAAUAAAGACUUGAAGUUUGCUUUUGAUUAUGUAUUUGAUCCAGGGUCAGCAAACCAUGAAGUUUAUCAACAGACAACAAAGAAAGUCUUAGAUUCCUUCAUGGAAGGUUACAACUGUUCAGUUUUUGCCUAUGGAGCAACAGGUGCUGGGAAGACUCAUACUAUGUUGGGAAACCCGACGAUGCCAGGAGUUAUGUAUCUAACUAUGAUGGAUUUAUAUAACAGGAUUGGUGCUGUGGAAGGACAAAAGACUUGUGAUAUUGCUGUUUCUUAUCUUGAGGUUUACAAUGAACAGAUCAGAGAUUUAUUAAUGGGAGGUAAAACUUUACCUGUUCGUGAAGAUGCAAACAAUGGAGUUGUUAUUCCUGGUUUGUCAUUGCAUAAGCCAAAAGAUGCAGAUGAGCUAUUACACAUGUUACACUAUGGAAAUAAAAACAGAACACAACAUCCAACUGAUGCUAAUGCAGAAUCAUCACGAUCACAUGCUGUUUUUCAGGUUUUUGUCAGACAGAAAGACAGGACAGCCAACAUUUCAGCUGAGGUCAAAGUUGCUAAACUUUGCCUUGUAGAUUUAGCAGGAUCAGAAAGAGCUACUGUUACUAAAAAUAGAGGAAAGAGGUUCAGGGAGGGAGCUAAUAUUAACAGAUCUUUAUUGGCCUUGGGAAAUGUUAUUAAUGCGUUAGCAGAUCCAAAGUAUAAAGGUCAUGUACCCUACAGGGAUAGUAAACUUACACGACUAUUAAAAGAUUCACUUGGUGGUAAUUGUAAGACUGUUAUGAUAGCUGCAGUAAGUCCAUCUGGUCAUACCUAUGAAGAUACUUACAACACAUUAAAAUAUGCAGACAGAGCAAAGAAUAUUCAGUCUACGCUGAAGAAGAAUGUACUAAAUGUAGAUUUUCAUGUGGCCAGAUAUGGAGAGAUUGUAGAGGAACUGAGGAAGGAGAUUGUGGAAUUAAAAGAGAAAUUACGAUUUUAUGAAGAAGGAAAACUUGUGAUGACUGUUACUCAGACAAGCAGUGUAGAAAUCUGCAGACUGAAAGAAAAAUUAGACGGUGUAUUCUGUACUAGGUUAAAGUUCUGUAGAGAAUUUUUAGAUGCUGAGCUGAAGAGUAGAGAUUUGGAGUGGAAAAUCCACAGGAAAGAAAAAUGCCUAUCCAGGAUGGCUUUAAUUAGUGAUAACGCUUCAGGGUUAGCAGAUAAACUUAAAAAGAUGGUUUCUUCAUCAAGGAGUCGCUUGGAUCAGUUCCAUGGCAAUAGGGACAAAUGUAUGAAAAGUUUGUUGGAAAAUAGGAAAACUGUAGCAGAAAUGGAAGAAAGUGUCAAAUCACAUGAUAAUUGUUCUGGUGAUAAUCUAGAAACUCAGGUAUGA